CUCUUACAGCCUCAAUACCGUUAGUUGAGAUAUAGACAAUCUAUCAGUUUGUAAUUAAGAAAAAGUCUGGCAUGUAGCUGAAAGUGAGGAAGAGGUAGAAAAGGCAAAAGGUCAAAGGUCUCGUGGAAGGAAGGAGGGUAGAGACAGUGAGUUUUAUUUGUCCUUUUAUGGUUCAGUCUUCCUUCUUCAUCGAGUCUCCCUAAUUCUCUUCACUCUUCAUCCCCAACAAUUUUUCUUCCCAAGCAUUUCCUGCGGGCUUUUAUUACCCCAGGAGUGCCAGUCAAGGAGUGGGACAGAUACAGCUGUGUAGCAACUAACGCCUGACUCUUGUUAGUGUGGAGGGCAAACGAAGCUCCCUGAAACCUCCGCUCUGCUCUCCUGCCUUACGCCGCACGGCCCCUGUUCUGAGGUUUAAUACUUGCUUCACAGAUAGGCGCUGCGGCCACGUUCCGGUGCCCACCUUCUCCUUGGCCCGGGCACGACGCCAGCCCAGGAGGCGCGACCCAGAGCUGCUGCGAAAGACAGAGGAAAGCGCCGGCCGGAUGGCCUUGGCUCCCUCGGUGCGCUGGGCGCAGAGCACUCGGACCCCGAGCGCCCACUGCUUGAGUAACCACGCGGCUCCUAGCCAGGCUUAGCCCAGCCGCCGGGUAAGUCAGUUCGCCAGGCCUGCCUGGAGCCAUGGGCUGGUUGGGCGGGCGGCGCCGAGAUUCUGCGUCACCACCUGGGCGGGGCCGUUCUGCAGUUGACGACAUCAACCCGGCACCUGCCAACAUGGAAGGUGGCGACGGCAGCGUCGUUGUGGCUGGCCUCGGGGCUCGAGGUUCUGGAGCGGCUGCAGCGACAGUCCGGGAACUUCUGCAGGACGAGUGUUAUAGUGACUUUUUAAACGAAGACUUUGAUGUAAAGACUUAUACUUCUCAAUCUAUUCAUCAAGCUGUAAUUGCUGAACAACUAGCAAAACUUGCCCAAGGAAUCAGUCAGUUGGACAAAGAACUACACUUACAGGUUGUUGCAAGACAUGAAGAUUUACUGGCACAAGCAACUGGGAUUGAGUCUUUGGAAGGUGUUCUUCAGAUGAUGCAGACGAGAAUUGGGGCUUUACAGGGAGCUGUUGAUAGGAUAAAAGCAAAAAUUGUUGAACCAUACAAUAAGAUAGUUGCCCGUACUGCACAACUAGCAAGACUUCAGGUGGAGUACCCCCGGAAGGUCAGACUCACCAUUUUGUGUCUUAAAGCAUAUGCCCUGGAAGUUGCUUCUCCCUGGCCUUUGCAUUCAGUUAACACUUCAAUGCACCAGGUUGCCUGUGAUUUGCUUCGGAGAAUUAUUCGUAUCUUGAAUCUCAGUAAGAGACUCCAAGGACAACUGCAAGGGGGAAGUAGAGAGAUAACAAAAGCUGCUCAGAGUCUCAAUGAACUUGAUUAUCUUUCUCAAGGAAUAGAUCUUUCUGGAAUAGAAGUGAUAGAAAAUGACCUACUUUUUAUUGCAAGAGCCCGACUUGAAGUGGAAAAUCAAGCUAAGCGCCUACUAGAGCAGGGUUUGGAGACUCAGAAUCCAACUCAAGUCGGAACAGCUCUUCAGGUUUUCUAUAAUCUUGGAACUUUGAAGGAUACUAUUACCAGUGUUGUGGAUGGAUAUUGUGCUACUUUAGAAGAAAAUAUCAACAGUGCAUUAGACAUAAAAGUUUUGACUCAGCCUUCCCAGUCAGCUGUGAGAGGGGGACCUGGACGAUCUACCAUGCCAACCCCAGGAAAUACUGCAGCUUUGCGUGCUUCACUCUGGACCAAUAUGGAGAAACUUAUGGAUCAUAUUUAUGCUGUUUGUGGACAGGUACAACAUCUACAAAAAGUAUUGGCCAAGAAGAGAGAUCCUGUUUCUCAUAUUUGUUUCAUUGAAGAAAUAGUUAAGGAUGGACAACCUGAAAUUUUCUACACAUUUUGGAAUUCAGUUACUCAGGCACUUUCUUCUCAAUUUCAUGUGGCAACAAACUCUUCUAUGUUUUUGAAGCAGGCAUUUGAGGGAGAAUACCCCAAAUUAUUACGUCUUUAUAAUGACUUAUGGAAGCGUCUUCAACAAUACAAUCAGAAUAUCCAAGGGAAUUUUAAUGCAAGUGGAACUACAGACCUCUAUGUUGACCUACAACACAUGGAAGAUGAUGCACAAGAUAUAUUCAUACCAAAAAUGCCAGAUUAUGAUCCAGAAAAGGCUUUGAAAGAGUCACUACAACCCUAUGAGGCUGCUUAUCUAUCAAAAUCCUUAUCUCGACUCUUCGAUCCUAUCAACUUGGUUUUUCCCCCGGGUGGUCGUAAUCCUCCUUCCCCCGAAGAACUUGAUGGUAUUAUUAAAACUAUAGCAAGUGAACUAAAUGUUGCUGCUGUUGAUACAAACCUCACAUUAGCUGUGUCAAAAAAUGUGGCAAAAACCAUCCAGUUAUACAGUGUAAAAUCAGAGCAGCUUCUCUCCACACAAGGAGAUGCAAGUCAGGUGAUUGGGCCUCUUACUGAAGGACAGAGAAGAAAUGUGGCAGUAGUGAAUUCAUUGUAUAAGUUGCACCAGUCAGUAACAAAGGUUGUUUCCAGUCAGAGCUCAUUCCCACCGGCAGCUGAGCAAACUGUAAUUUCAGCUCUAAAGGCUAUUCAUGCUCUUAUGGAAAAUGCUGUGCAACCCUUACUCACUUCUGUGGGAGAUGCUAUAGAGGCCAUAAUCAUCACCAUGCAUCAAGAGGACUUUUCUGGGUCGUUAUCCAGCUCAGGAAAACCUGAUGUUCCUUGUUCUCUGUACAUGAAGGAGCUACAAGGUUUCAUUGCCAGAGUUAUGAGUGACUAUUUUAAACAGUUCGAAUGCUUAGAGUUUGUCUUUGACAACACUGAGGCUAUUGCCCAAAGAGCAAUUGAACUUUUUAUCCGCCAUGCCAGUCUCAUAAGACCUCUUGGUGAAGGUGGGAAAAUGCGACUUGCUGCUGAUUUUGCACAGAUGGAGUUGGCUGUGGGUCCAUUCUGUAGACGAGUAUCUGAUUUAGGAAAGUCCUAUCGAAUGCUGAGAUCAUUCAGACCUCUGCUCUUCCAGGCAAGUGAACAUGUAGCCAGUAGUCCUGCACUGGGGGAUGUGAUUCCAUUCAGCAUCAUUAUUCAGUUUUUGUUCACGAGAGCACCUGCUGAGCUGAAAUCUCCUUUCCAGAGGGCAGAGUGGUCCCACGCACGCUUCUCUCAGUGGCUGGAUGACCAUCCAUCUGAAAAGGACAGGCUCCUCCUCAUCAGGGGAGCCCUGGAAGCUUACGUUCAAUCAGUGAGAAGUAGAGAAGGCAAAGAAUUUGCACCAGUUUAUCCCAUAAUGGUUCAGCUGCUUCAGAAGGCUAUGUCUGCUCCUCAGUAACAGUAUGAAAGCUUUGUUGAUCUCCACUUUGUGCUAACCCAUUCAUAGUUGGCAGUUAACACAUACUCCAAAAGACAGCUACUCUGUACUAUUUUAAGAAUGUAAUUGACUGUUCUGUAUUUCCUAUCAACCUUUAUUUACCUCUUUAGCACUUAUACUUUAGCAUAAAAAUGUCAGUCAUCACCUUUUAAUUCCAUGGACCUGAUUUUUCCAGAAAGAUGUUUUCCUCUUUCAGAUUUUUGUACAAGGCUAAAAUUUCUUUUCCAUCCAUAACCGAGUCCUCCUAUGGGUACAUAAACCCAAAGUCCCCACUUCUUUUAAAAGGAUAUGAACACGUUAUAUAAUAUGUACCCUGCUUCCCCCAACCCUGCCGCCUUCACUAAAUAAGCAUGUAGCUCUGUGGUUUCCAAAUUUGGCUGCACAUUCAUAUCACCAGAGGAGUUUUUAAAAAUCCUGAUGCCCAACUUGCACUCUAAUUAACAUGUCUGGGAGUGGGAGCCCGACACCAGUGUUAAAAAAAAAAAAAAAAAAAAAAAAAAUCCCCAAAAUGAUUCCAAUAGACAACAAAGUUGAGGAACCACCGGCACAUCCCAAAGCUAAGAUACAGGGUUAAAUGGCCUUAAGUAUGUCAUACUGUAUCUUUAAAUAAAACAAGGCUUUUUUUACACUUUGUCAUAUCAUUAAAAGCAGACCUUUGGGCUGUUUAACCUUAUAACAAAGAUACCAUGUGAAAAAUAACAAUUUUUAUUCUAUAGC